GCUUCCUCAGUUGAUGCCGAACGUGCUUUCUCUGGUGGCCGUCUACAGGUGAAUCAUCUUCAACACGGUAUCAGCUCCCAGACCUUCAAAGCGCAGGUUGCUGUUGGAUCGUGGUUCAACACGCCUCUUAUGCCGGAUCUCAGUGUCGCUACGAAUAUCAUGCGGCAGAAGAUAGCAAAG